AUUUGCGCUGUGCAGGCACAGGGAUGAGGACAUAGAGAGCGGUAUCUACGCGAGCCACACGUGCUGGGAAAGCGGCGGCUGGGAGGCAGACUUAGAUUUGGGCCUUACGCUUUCUGGUCAACACCUGCAUGUGUCCCUCUGUCGCAGUGCGUUUAGAGAGCUCUGGCCUGUGGUCUUUUCAUUUCUUCCCACCACGAUAGGUUGCUCGGCACGGUCAAGGACUACCGUUUUCUCGAAUUCUACUUGUUGAUUUGACUCGAGGCUCGUCCGAAUACCACCCACAAUCCUUUCUUCCUUCCUUUGCGCUACCCUAUCCAUUCAGGCGUAGAUAACAUGGUAUUCCAACACAGGAGACACGCUCGAGGAAAUUCUCUGUUCUCUAGAGCCACUUCGGAUUUGCAUGCACGCGACGAUUGCGAGCCCGCCGAUCCUCUCAACACACUUACCGACCGCCUAAACACCCUUCUCAACAGCUCAGGACCAGGCUAUACACUCCCUCUUUGCCCCAGUGUACAAUACUACAUCCAAGCCCCCAUUGUAUUUGCCGCACCCGAUCAAGAAAUCAGUACCGCAGGCUACCCAACUGGAGAUGACAGGGCAACACUUGUCGUAAAUGGUCCUGUCGCAUUGGGAUCAGGACAUACUACUGCCAUUGACGGAACAUGCCAAACUUGCAGCGGUGUGAAGCUUCGCAACAUUCAGAUCAAUGGCACACGUCAGGGUGCAAGUCCGACUAAUGGCGGCGCCAAUAUCGAAAUGGGCGGCGGAAACUCUGACCAAUUAAUUGAAUAUGUGCAUUCAUUCGACCCUAGGAGCUGGAGUUGCUUGCACAUUGCUGAGGGACCUUUGACCUGCAAUAAUGCUACCGUCCAGCACAAUGAUAUUGGCCCUUGCGGUUCUGACACGUUCCAAGAAUGGGCGGAUGGUAUCAGCGUAAGUUGUCGCAACAGCCUGGUCCGCAACAAUACAAUCAGCAACCCGACGGACGGCGGUAUCGUUCUCUUUGGUUCGCCUGGUACACUGGUUGAGAACAAUACCAUCUUCGUUGAGACCAACACUCUCCUCGGUGGUAUCAACCUGGUUGACUAUCUGCCCUUUGAUGGUGAUUACACAGGUACCAUUGUCCGUGAUAACAUCAUUAUGGGCGGUUUUGCGACCGACGAAGCAGAACCUGGCGAUACGAAAGGAAACAACAAUGAAGAUGUUAUCAUCAAGAUUGGCAUUGCUAUUGGCCCUCGCACUUGGUUCGGUGACCGCUACGGUGGUAACGUCAGCACGUCUGGUACAGUUAUGAACAAUCAGCUCACAGGCGCGUUCGGUUAUGGUAUCGCCAUGUCUUCAGCCCGAAACUUCACCGUCGAGAACAACGCUCUAUUCGGUAACACCUCUUUCAUCGGGUCGAGAGGACCAAAUUGUUCGAACACCGAUAUCACCCCUUCACCUGCACCCUUUGUCAUCGAUCUUAAUUUAACCACCGCGUCUACCACUCAACUAGAUUUCCAAUCCAUUCCGGAUGGAGACGGUUUGACUUGCAUCUUACCACCGGAUGGUGGUGACUUCUGGCCAUUCGGUGGGAACCCCGAACCCGGCCAAGGCGGAGGCGGAGGUGGAGGUGGCGAAGCCCAAUCUAAUAAUGGUGGUGGUGGCUUGUCUGGAGGUGCCAAGGCUGGUAUUGCUAUUGGAGUCAUCCUAGGCGUCGCCGGAAUUGCCGUUGCUGCUUGGUUUGUUCGGAAAUGGGCUUUAAAACGGUCUGCUGCUGUUAAGGCAGACCAACCUUGGAAUCGUGAUGGGUACAUUCAAAACAAUGAGAAUAUCCGUCAAGUAUGAUGCCUACUAACCCUUCAUCGUUACGCCUCUCCAUGUUGUCUCCCACACAUGCCUCCGGCCCCGAGUCACUCAUUCUAUAUCCCCUAUUGCUAUGCUCCAUAUUACGCUACGACAAGGCUCAAUUCCAUACCUGAUUGUAUGUAGACAACGCUACCCUCGGAGUCAGGACUCUGAUCUCCACCUUCACGCUCCUUUAUUACGGGAUUGUCAUAUACCAUUCCUAUAUUGCCGUUCUAGAUGCUUGUGUUAUUUGGACUAUGUACGUGUACAGGUUGGAUUACUUAGAAUCUUAUUAGAUCGUUCUCUGGACCAACGCCAGUCCCUUGCGCU